AAUACUUCUUCGAUUCGAAUGUUCGUGCACUUGCCGGUGCCUGUAACUCACGCAUGACCCGCUAAUCUGGGAUUACCGAAUAUUUGCGUGUCGAGCCUUUUGUGUAAGCAUGCAAAACUCCCCCCAGAAUGCCACGGUUGCAUAAACUCAGGUGUUAUUUUUUUAAUAUAGAGAGUUGUUGGCAUUCGAUUUGCGCUCUUCUGCAGCAGAUUGCCGUUACACCGCUUUCUCUUCAAUGGAUCUGGCAGCUAUCGACAAAUAUAACAAAAUCAUAGCCUUUGUCAACGGGAAGAGUGGCGGGCGACUUGGUCUGAGGCUGUACACCAAACUGCAGUGCCUUUUGGGCAUGGACCAUGUGUUCGACCUAGGGGACGGCGGACCGGAGGAGGGACUGAAAAAAUACAGAGACGAGAAGGGUCUGACGAUUGUCGCUUGUGGUGGGGACGGUACAGUAGGAUGGGUGCUUUCAUCUAUAGAUAACGUUGAGUUUAGGUACAAGCCAAGCGUAGUGCCCAUGCCGUUGGGGACGGGGAACGACAUGUCUAGAGUGCUGGAGUGGGGGUCCAGCUACUCGGAUGCGUCGCUGAUUGAUUGGCUGGACAGCAUUCUGGACGCCAUUGGCAUGAAUUUCGAUCGCUGGGUCGUCGAUUCUCGUGAGCUGACUUCAGAGGAAAUUGAAGCAUUGCACAAGGAGCUAUGUCAGGGGAAUGCGGGGGGCCUGCACGACAGUGAGCUCGCAGAAUGCAUUCUUGCAGAUAGCGGUGCUCCAGAGGGCGCGGCGCCAGAGGAACAAGACAAAGAGGCAGAUCAUUCGCCCGAAGAUGCGCAGUCUAAGCCGUUGGCCGUGCCUCACCAUCACCAUCACCAUCACCACCGUCAUCGCCAUGAUCGCGGCCCGCUGUCGAAGUCUCAGUUUUAUACGAGCACGCAAUUGGCCGCUUCUACUGACCACUCCGCGGCUUUCGCAUACGACAGCGAGACGUCGUGCGAUUCCGAAAAGAACGGCCAUGCGCACUUGAAUUCGUCCAUAUCUGACUUAAAGGAGCCGAGGCGGGACAGCGAGACUCGCCACCGCACAUCUAAUAGGAAUAGGAGCUCCAGCACCCGGAUGUCGUCGUCCUCCAACAGCACGCACGACAAAAAAAGUGAAAUCGACGAAGGCAAAGGUAAAUCGGUCCACCCGAGGCACCACAAGAACAGAAAGGAGUCGCCGCCAUCUUCUCUGAAGCAAAAGUUAACUCGAAUGAGCAGUUCUGUGGGCGACUUCGCCAACGGCUACAAGUAUUUAAUCAGCCAAAAAAAGGGCGUAGACAUCAACAUCGUUACGCCUUCCAGGGCGAAAAGACGCAGCGAGAGCACCAAGGAAGUGAUACCGCCAGAGUCUCGAAGACCAGAGCGCCAGACGAACAGGAAGUCGGACCAGCGCAGCGUCCUGAGCGGCUUAGAUGAGAAAACGAGCGAAGCUGCGUCCAAAGCCUCGCCAGAGGAGGAGUGCCCAUGCGCCUCUCCAGCUCUUGAAACAUGUCCCAUCAUUGACAAGAAGACCCAAGCCAGGACACUGGUCAUGAAUAACUAUUUCAGCCUGGGCAUCGAUUCCCUUAUCGCCCUGGAAUUCCAUAAAGCACGCAAGACUAAUCCAUCUCUCUUUCCGCACCACGCCAUCAACAAGGCCUGGUACAGUAUUUUUGGCCUCAAGAGCGCCUUUCUGAACAUGACGUCGAAACCGCUGCACAAAGUGAUCAAACUGGAGCUCGACAACAAGCUCGUUCAGUUGCCCAAGCAACUUCAAGCCAUCGUCUUUUUGCAGAUUCCAUCCUACGGGUCCGGGACCAACUUGUGGGGCGAUCCCUCUAACACCAAAAACCAAGCUUUCCCUCCCCGCAUCGACGACUUCAUCUUCGAGGUGGUAGGCCUGAAGGGCGUGAUGCACUUGAGCCGAUUGCAAACCGGCCUGAGCUCCGGCAUCAGAAUCGCCCAAGCCCACUCAGCCACCAUCACCAACCUGAUUCCCAUCCCAGUGCAGUGCGACGGCGAGCCGUGGGUCAUACCUCCCUGUCAAACUGAAAUCAAGCACAAAAACCAGUCACGGCUGCUGUUCAACUAUCGAAACGGAAGAGGUUUGAAAAAAUGUACCAUGUUGAUAGGAGGCGAAAACACUAAAAACGCCAUCAAGAACAUGCUGCGUGCCAACGCGAAUGCCAAGAUGAGGAGGCGCAAGCAAGCGAGCUUCGCUUCUCCUGUCCAACAAAAGCAGACCGAUUUGAGUCCCCAAGACGCUAAGAAGCAUUUUUCUAAACCCAAGCUCUACAGAAUCGUAAGUCGAAGCACAUCUCACCUGCCCUCAGCGGAUGAUUAUGCUGAUGAGUGCUGUGCGGAAGUGCAGCAUGGAGGGAGAAGGCACAGGAAGCACUCUUUGCCGAGGGAAUCUUGAAGACGAGACUCACACUACCAGAAGAGGCCAGAUUGGGUAUUUUUUUUCACGCAUGUGCAGCCAAGUGACAAAGGAGACGAAAAAGUUCCUACGCGCGUUAUACACUUACUAGUCCGAACCCACAAGGACACCUCGACGGAGCCAGGUCACCCUGGCUAUCGCACCCCGAUCAUCUGCAAGAAUGAGCGUGUACUAAUUUUACCGAAUAAAACAGAUGUGCAUGAUGAACGCA